AUGUCGUCAGUUCAGAGACUAUCGAGGCAGCAGAAGGGGAAUUCAGUUGCGGCGACGUCGGCUCCGGCUAGGAAUCCUGAAGGCGGUUGCACCGGGGACCUCGAAUCGGCUCAUCAUACGGCGAUGAUGGAUGCAGUCAAUUUGUCUCGCUCCCAGAGGCUUUUAGUCGCAGAUGCGACGAGGCUUGCGAGAGAAGGAAGUGAGAAUGUCGCUGUGAGGGACGCGACGGAGUUGGAAGACGUUCCUUCGGAAGACGACGAUUCUGAAGCCGAGUUGUUUCCAACGACCUUCUAUCCCAAAGGGAUUUUCGAGGAGCUUCCACGACUACACCCUGACUUAUUGCGUCCUGCUUUCGUGGCUGGUCAAGAUUGGGACGGUGUGGACGAGACUAAGUCGACCCCAAGGAGCGUGAAGAGGGUUUUUCGGGCCACGAACGCUACAGGCGUGACCUUCCUCAUCCCUACGAAAGAGCAAAGGCCUUGGUCUCCUCCGAUCGAGUACCAAACGGUAUACGAGUCCUAUUUCCAGGAUGACACUCGCUGUUGGUUCCCCGUCCCGCGACUGAUCACCGUGUACGCUAGGCGGCGAGAUCUCGCGAUUAGUCAGUUAUUGAACGGCUCGCUACGACUGGCCGUGACUUUAUCAGUUCUAGCAGAGCAGAUUGACAUGCCGAUGAGCGUCAGGUCGUUCGAGGAGAUGACCUCGAUAACCGACAUGAAGGACGGAACCUAUUCGGUGAAGAUGCGACCAAAUUGCAAUGUGUGCGCCGGUCAUCCAAACAAAACGCAGAAUUGGCAGCGUUCUUAUUUUUUACUCAAGUCCGAUGACUCAGCUUUCGAGGAGCCUCCUCGAGAGGACUAUCGGGUUCUAUGGAACCUUGGCUAUCCUACGUCUCCAGUCUAUCCCGAGGAUUUCCUGAAGAGCGUUCGAGCCGUCGCUUUGCUUCGAAUCUACCGUUGGUCCGAAAUUACCGUCGAGAGGAUUCGCGAGCUUAAGGACCAGAUCGCUCGAAGAGAGUGGAGAUCUGAUCUUCCGACCGUUCAUCCUAUUCGCACCAAGCGACUAGACAUCUUCCCGAAGGACAUCCAGAAGCAAAAGAAGAAGAAGAAGAAGAAGAGGACAAAGAAGCCCGUUGACGAGCAGUCGGAGAAUCCUGAAGAACCGACUGAGAUUGAGGAGGGUGAUGUUCAAGAAGAAGAACUUCAACCCGAAGAGGAGGCUUCUGAGGCUGAAAUCUCGGGAGAACGAAACGAUGCGGAGGAAGUUGGUGGAGGGGAGGAAUCUGAAACUCCUCUUAAUGCCGCCCGUCCGGACGGUUCUGAAGAAGACAGCGGAGAGUCGCCGCUUUUGAUCAGGAGGCAUAACGACGAUGUUGGCGAUGAGGCGCAAUCUCCUAUUCUGGCGUUUUCUCGCGAGGGAACUCUGGUUCCCAUUGGAGAAGGGGUCGCUCAGAUCGGCACUUCUUCUCGCGGCUCCGCUAUCUUGAGGAGGGUGCCCGGAGUCAACUUUCCGGACAAGGUUUCGUUUCACUACGAGGGACCGGCCCCUCUAGUGUACAUUCCCGAGAAGUGCGGAGAGUUCCUUCGCCAACUAAGGGGGAGGGCGAAACCUCUGCCCGCUGUGAAGGACCUCAUCUUCGGGAGUGAAUACGAGGAAGCUGCGAGGGCCAAGCUGCUAGGGGAUAGCGCGACAAACGUCGUGAUUGAUAAGUACAACACUGCCCUGAAGGGAGAUUUGAGCGAACUCGAGCUGGCUAAGAAGGAGCACGCGGAGAGAGAGGAAGCUUCUGCUCGCCAGCUGAAUGCAUCGAGGGCUGACAUCGAGAGGCUUAACGGGAUGGUUGCUCGCAUUAUUGCUCGAAGAGACGAGCUCAAAGCCGAGUUGAAGGCAUCCCGAGGAGUCGUCCGUGAGCUCGAGUGGAAGAACGCCGGACUUGAGAGCGAGAAGGUUUCGCUCGCUGCGUCUCAUGAAAGAGAGAUGAGGCGCCUUAGAGAUUCCAGAAUCCUGGAAGUGACGAGGGAAAGAGGAAGAGUUGAGGCCGAGAUGGCCGCGAAAGCUAAUCGUCGCUUCGCUAGGAUUCGCUCCCGAGAAGAGCGACGAGGUCCCUAUGAGGAGGCCCGGUUGCUUUAUAGCCAAGCCUUCGGAACCAGGAAAUGCCUUGAGAUAUUCGCCGAGCAAGAAAAGAAAUACGAGCAGGAAGUCGAGAAGCUUAGGGUGGGUGAGAUACCCGAGGAAGAUCUCACACUUUCUCCUCUCGUAUUGGACUCUCAGUUUGUGGAUGCUCGAAUCUUGGCGAGUCUCGAUCCGUAUGGGUCCAACGCCGGCUUGAUCGAUCCGGAGACUGCAGCGAGUCUUCAUGUUCCGCCUACUCAUCCGACUGAAGCGCGGCGCGAAGACCCGACGCCUCUUCUUGAAGGCCCUUUGGCUGAUCCAGAGAUCAUCCCGAGAUCAGACGAAGCGCGUGUUUCUCCGGCUGCUCGUGAGUCGAGCAUCAGGGGUUCGGAGCUCUCCGUCCUCAACGAUCGUGAAAGCGACCGGGAGGACUAG